CUGCCUUGAAUACCUACCUAAAUAUAUUCACUGUACUCUUUCCCUUCAGCUACCUACGUACAAUUCCUAUUCCUCUGAAUGAAUAUUUAAACGAGGCGUUCCCCCCAUUGUUCCCAUCCUUAUUCCUCUUCCUCCCAACUUCAAAAUAAUAAACCUCAACGAGGUAUUCUAAUAACUUCAUCCCUACCUAACCUAGACAAUCUAUCAUUCCAUCUCAACUCACUUAGCUAGCGUUCUUACAAGUAUUCUUAUUCCAAUUUCUUUUUUCGACCUUCGGCAAGGAUCAAUGGCGCCUAAGAAGAGCGCCACUCAGGGCCCUCCUUUGAGGUGCUCCAAGUGCAUGGCCAUAUUCCCCGAUCAGCGUGGUCUAUACCUCCACCAACAGAAAUCAGGUCACCUGCAUUGUACUUUCUGCAAACGGGCUUUCCAUAGCCUAGACGCUUUGAUUCAACACCGAGCCGAUGACCAUAAGAAGGAGCAAGAUCUCCCUUGUCCUGGUUGCAACAACAAGUUCACCUCUGCCGGCUCAUGGAUGAGCCAUGUCGAAAGAGGCGAGUGUUACGCUAUCUUUCCUUCGGAUAUCUCUGGGAAUAUUCCUGAAAUGGUCAAGUCCAUCUCGAAGGCCCUACGAGAAACCGGACUAGGCAUAACGAAGGAUGUAGACCUCAGCGUCAACCCUAGCGCGUCCUUUCCCGAGAUCAAGGACGUUUGGGGAGAUGAAUGGAAGAAAGAACAGAGUCUCAAAGUCGAAGAUCAUCCCGAGCAAUUUCCUAGAACCGCAAAGCAGCAGUACUACCAAGGCGGCUCGAACCAGUCUGACUUGCUCACCGGAGAUGGCUCAACUAACCUCGAGCAGCAGCGCCCUUUAAAUGCCUGGGCUCAGAAGAAGAACCUGUUCCCUGAGAAGACGGGAACCCCCGCUAUCCGACCUCCCCCGUCUCUUCUUCAGAGCAUGACAAACCCAUCUCAUUCUAUUCAGCCGACUGGAGAACGUAUUCUUGAUCCAUAUCAUCCGAACUUCAACGUGGGUCUGUUUAAAGACCCGAUCUUAGAAACUUUCAAAUGUCCUCACAAGACAUGCAACUCGAAGCUGAAGAGCGCAAAUGGGCUGAUAGCCCAUCUGAAGUCUCCGGCACACACGGCCCCACGGUUUAAAUGCCCUGGAUGCGCAGAUUUUUUCACAUCCGGUGCUUCAUGGAUCCAACACGCCGAGACUGUAAGCAUAACCAAGUGCAAAGUCCGAAAUGACAGGAUCUUUGAACUUGCGAUCAAGCAAGUUACCAACGGCGCCUUGGAUAUUAAAAUACUCAACGGACUUGCAGAUGGUACGGCCAAGAUGAAAUUUGACGAAGAUUGGGCGGCGUCCAAGCAACGUAAUGGGUCCGGACCCGUGCCCGGCUCGGAUGCAUGGGUAGAGGAGAAGAAUAAGCAAACUUCAAGCUCGACCUCUAACCCUCAGUCAAACCCGAGGAAGAAGGUCAUUACCCAUGAGGAGUACCAAUUCUGGUAACUUACCUACCUAAGGUACCUAUAUAAACGACAAUUUUCGGAAUUCUAUUAGGAACGGAGCUUCCUGAGGAGACGACGGUGUGAGUGGGCAACUGUGUCCCACCAGAAAAGUUAGAUUUCACCUUGAAACGGCUGCUAGUUCAACCGGCCAUGAUUCGAUCUCAAGACAUGAUGAUCCGAGUUGCGUUGAGUUCUUUAUGCGUUGAUUUUCGUUAAGCUUAGCUAUAUUUUUUAGCAAUUAAGAGGUAGCUAGCCC